GUUUUUCUCAUUCCCAUUCAUUCAUUCUACAUUCUCAAACAAGAGUGCGUGCGAGGGUGCGAACAACAACAACACUGUUUGUGAUUCCAUCCUCAAGAAUCAACAACAACAGUUUCGUAAUGGCUUCAAGACCCAUUGUUCAACAACAUCAACAACCCAGAGGCGAUGCUGCCUUAGGAGGAGGGAAACAGCAGAAGAAGAACGGUGCAGCAGGGGAAGGAAGGAACCGUAGACCACUUGUUGAUAUUGGUAAUGUUGUCACACUGAAGGGUGUCGAAGUCAAGCCAAAUCGCCCCGUCACUAGGAGUUUUUGUGCACAACUACUUGCCAAUGCACAAGCAGCAGCAGUUGCUGAAAACAAUAAGAAACAAGCUUGUGUCAAUGUGGCACCUGGACCUGCUCCUCCUGUUGUUGCUGAUGGAGUUGCAGCAGUGGCUAGAAGAGUGGUGGCGGCCCCUAAACCUGUUCAGAAGAAAGUCACUGCAAAACCUAAGCCUGUGGAAGUUAUUGAAGUAAGUUCUGAAGAAAAGGACAAUGAAGAGAAAUCUGUGCACAAGAAAAAGGAAGAAGUUCAUUCCAAGAAGAAACCAUCACGCACUCUUUCUUCUGUCCUCACUGCUAGAAGCAAGGCUGCAUGUGGUUUGACUAACAAACCAAAGGAGAUUGUUGACAUUGAUGCUGGUGAUACUAACAAUGAGUUAGCUGCUGUUGAAUAUCUUGAAGACAUAUACAAGUUCUACAAGAUAGUUGAGAAUGAAAGCCGUCCACAUGAUUACAUGGAUUCACAACCUGAGAUAAAUGAGAGGAUGAGAGGAAUACUCAUUGAUUGGCUGGUAGAUGUUCACUCAAAAUUUGAACUUUCACCUGAAACCCUUUAUCUCACAAUCAACAUAGUUGAUAGGUUCCUUGCUGUCAACCUUGUGUCAAGAAGGGAACUUCAAUUGGUUGGAAUCAGUGCCAUGCUGAUGGCAUCAAAGUAUGAAGAGAUCUGGCCACCUGAGGUCAAUGACUUUGUGUGCCUCUCAGAUAGAGCUUACAGUCAUGAACAGAUUCUCAUCAUGGAGAAAACCAUCCUAGGAAAGCUUGAAUGGACUUUGACCGUGCCAACACCUUUUGUGUUCCUGGUUCGUUUUAUCAAGGCUGCAUCAGUAUCUGCAGUUCCUUCGGAUCAAGGAGAUUUGGAAAUGAUGGCUCAUUUUCUCUCUGAGUUGGGAAUGAUGCAUUAUGCUACAUUAAGGUAUUGUCCAUCAAUGCUUGCUGCCUCAGCAGUUUAUGCAGCAAGGAGCACAUUGAGCAAGACUCCUGUUUGGAAUGAGACACUCAAGAUGCAUACCGGUUACUCCGAAGAACAGUUGAUGGAUUGUGCUAGGUUGUUGGUGAGUUUUCACUCUGGUGCUGAGAAUGGAAAGCUGAAGGUUGUGUAUAAGAAGUACUCUGAUCCUCAGAAAGGUGCUGUUGCUGCGCUUCCGCCGGCAAAGAAUCUUCUGCUACCUGCUGCUGUAGGUUCUCUCAAGAUUUAAGUUUGCUUUGAAAGAAAUAAGCAAAGGAAGUUGCAUGAGUUUUAGGUUUUAUGUGGGGCUCUCAGCAAUAACCAUUUGUUAUUGUAUUCUUUACAUUUGAUUGGUUAGAUAUUUUUUCCUAGCAAUUGGUUGUAGUGAAAUCAAAAAUUCAUGUAUAAGCUUCCUCAUUUUUAUAGUUCUCACAUCAUGAUAUAGACUAGACAGUGAAACCAUAAGUGUAAUGGUUGAAGCUGCCAAUACCAACAAAGCUUGAAACAAUAUUCUGGAAAUGAAAUGAUGUGUUUUAGCAACAUAA